GGCAAUCAACAUGGCCGCUCUCUUGGCUGUAGUUUUUACCUUUAGCUGCUGUUAGCUCGACAAACGGUGUAUUAUCUAGAGAGCUGUGUAAUAUCAGACCGUCCAGUCAGAGUCAGUGUGAUUCAAAAUGGCGUCUUCAUUUGUCGUCGGUGAUAAAUUCAGAAAUAAAGUGACGCAGUUAUUGGAAAACACGGACUCGUCUCUGCCUCAAAGACUGAGAGAGGAACUGGAGGAGACUCUGAAUAAACCAGAGCCAACAACUCUGUCCUUCAGCACAGCCAGAAGACUGAAGACAUUCCUCCAGGACAAAGGACAUCCUUUCUACCUGCAUGAGUUGUUGGAGGACAGCUCUCUGCACCUGCCUGAGGUGGUGAAGCCUCCCAGAAACCCAGAGUUAGUCGCACGUCUGGAGAGGAUCAAAGCCAAACUGGCAAAUGAGGAAUACAACAGGAUCACACGUAACGUCAACACUCAGGAGAUCAACCGCACUGGGACAUUAGCAGAUUUUGGACGGCAAGUGCGAUCAGUCAAAGCGGUGGUGGCGACCGUCUUCAACUUCCUGGUCACAGUGGUCGCUGCUUUUGCCUGUUCGUAUAUGGGGAGUCAGUAUCUGUUCACAGACACCGCGGCGAGAGUAUUGUCAGCUGUGAUCGUUGCGUCUGUCGUCGGGCUUGCUGAGCUGUACGUGCUGGUGCGGACCAUGGAGGGGGAACUCGGGGAACCAUAGCAGCA